AUGCUCUCACGUCGUGAAGAUAGAUUAACUUAUGUAUUCGGUUCUCGUGCUGUGGCCAAGGCUCCAGAGAUUUGUUACACGGCUGAAUUUAUAAUGGUCGCGAAAUACGAAAAUUCGCACAAAAGGAUCACCAGGUCAAUGGAAGCAUCGAAAAUGAAUUCCAUAUUUGAUGCACGCAGUGCGGGUGCGCGGCACGACUCUUAUUACUUGAACAUAGGCGUACAUCGACAGCGCCUUCAGAUCGCACGUAAAAAUGACAGCGUGCGUAGUACGAUAGAAAAGCGCGCUUGUGUCUUCCUCGCUAUUGUCGUGGCUUCUGCAUCGGCAGUGCCGGUAAAUAACACAUCGGUGCCUAUUGUUGCUUACACUGCGGACGGACCUAAUCCAGACGGUUCGUACUCGUUCAGCUACGAGGCAGGGAAUGGCAUCAAGGCAGAGGAACAUGGUCAACUGAAGCAAGUGAAUGAAACACAUUCAGUGGUUGCCGUUCAAGGAUCGUACAGUUAUUCUGUUGCUGACGGAUCACCGGUUGCUUUGAGCUACGUUGCCGACGAGAAUGGUUUCCAGCCAAAGGGUGAACAUCUUCCAACACCGCAUCCGAUACCAGAAGGAAUUCUGAAAGCUCUGGAAUACAUAGCGGCGCAUCCCGAGCAAGACGAGACGCACUGA